UGAUACGGUAGAAAAUUAGAAGAAAAAAAGGUUGCCGGGAGGGGGAGAGAGAGAGAGAGAAGAAGCGUUGUUUGUUGUUGAAGAGGCAGCGCAGCUGAGCAGAGGGCGGCUGUUGAUGGCUGAGCUGACGGAGAUGCGAACCAGGGCCUUCUCCGUACUCUUACUUUUCCUCCUUUACAUUCUCAUUCUCUUCGUUCUGUAAUUCGCCCUCUUUCUCUCUCUUCAUUAGGAAGUUCUUUCUUUACAAAGGUAGAGAAGUACAGUGAUUAAGCGUGGCCUAUAACCUCUUAUCGAUUUUUCGUGAUCUGUGUUGUCUUCGCUUGGCGCUUUCUUGUGUGGGUUUUGGUGGGUUUUUACUGUUUGAUUGGGGGAAACCUAAUCUGGCUCUGCUUUAAUACAACUUUUGGAGUUGCUGGUAGUGAUGGAUCAAUCUGGGGAAUGGGGAUCAGUACUUAAUGAUUCCUGGAUCAAUUGUGUUGAUUCUACAAAUUGUGUAUAGAUACAAUCAGAUUAGUGUAAAUCUAAUUGUUUUCCCCAUUUUUCAUUUUUGUUGAUUUCUGGGGAAAAUCUUGACUUCUUUAAAUCCAAAAAAUAUACUCCAUAGGGUAUUAACUUAGAAACCUACCAUUUUUAUUGUGGGUUUGAUAGCUUCUGUUGUUACUUGGAUACGUUCCUUUUUCUCUUGAGACCUGGAUAUUUAAAUAGGAUGUUGAAUUGUAGUAUUGGAUUAGGAGGAGAGAAGUGAUUUACUUUUACCUUAGAGGCAGAACUGCUGCUUGUAUUGGUGUUAUACUGCUGGUCUAUGGGAGUGCCUGAUAGUUCACUAUUAGAUUUGAUUCAAAAGGUCAAAUCUUGGAUUUUGAGAGCAACCGUUAAUCCAACUUUUUCUGGAGGGUUUGUAAUGGAUUCUAACAGAACUUGCUGUGAAUGUAAAAUGAAUUUUACUGGGUCUUCGCUCAAGUACCAGUGCCAAAGUUGCAAUCGAGUGUUUUGUGGGGACUGUGUGCACGGAGAUCUUUCUUUCGGUGUUGUUGCAUCUGGUGUUAUGGGAAGCACAAAGGAGGCUGAGAUUCACAUAAAGUCUUGCAAGUUCUGCACUGAUUUUAGUACUUGGCGUAGAAGUAAUAGGAAGUAUUGUGAUAAAAUCCAUCCUUCUGAGUUGCCCCGGCAAUGCCUAGAACCACCUUCACCAAAUAGUAAUGACAGAAUUGAUAUUUAUUCCUUCAGUGCUGCAACAAAGAGUAGUUUUACAUCUUUUUCAAGUCAUCCAUCUCCUUCAUCGUUUCACCGCUCCCCAAGCAGGAGUGAUGAAGACGAAGGUGAUGAUUUGGCAAGUCAUUUUUUAAGCCCACUGAGUGACUGUUGUCAUGAUACUUCAGAUAUAGAUUCCAGUAGUGUUAGUGCUGUACAUGAAUUUUAUAGUUCUAAAUCAGUUGGAUCAAGUCCUUCUGUUAGCCCUUCUAGGAUUCAUUUUAAUUCCAGAAUAGUUGGGUGUUCUGUACAGCAAAAGCAGCUGGAGACCUUCAUGUCUCACAAUCAUGGUACCCUUGAUCAAGAAACCUUGAAUAUUUUAAGUAGGCUUGAGAAAGGGGUGGGGGAUCUAGAGAUUGCUGAUGAUGGUCAUAAUUUGUCUGGGACCCAAAACCAGUCUGAGAGGGAGCACAAGCUAUUAGAUUUUGAAAACAACAGUCUUAUAUGGUUUCCUCCUCCACCUGAGAAUGAAAAUGAUGAAACAGAAAACAAUUACUUUAUCUAUGAUGAUGAGGAUGAUGAAAUUGGAGAGUCAGGUGCAACAUUUUCUAUGAGUGGUAAUCUUGGUAGCAUGUUCCCCUUGAAGGAGAAGCAGAAUCUGGACCACCAGGUUCUUAGCCAUUUUAAGGCUCUCGUGUCACAAUUAUUGCAAGCAGAAGGUAUAAGGUCAGAGAAUGAAGGUAGUGCUGAGAAAUGGCUUGAUAUAGUUACUUCAAUAGCUUGGCAGGCCGCAAAUAUUGUGAAGCCAGAUACCAGUAGAGGGGGCAGCAUGGAUCCUGGUGACUAUGUAAAGGUUAAAUGUGUGGCUUCAGGAAGGCCCUGUGACAGCACGCUUAUCAAAGGAAUAGUUUGUACAAAGAACAUUAAGCACAAGCGCAUGACUUCACAAUAUAAAAAUGCUAGAAUACUACUCUUGGGAGGGGCACUUGAGUACCAAAGAGCACCUAAUCAGUUGGCAUCUUUCAACACCUUAUUGCAACAGGAGAGAGAUCACCUCGGGAGGAUUGUUUCAAAAAUAGAGGGUCACCAUCCAAAUGUGCUCCUAGUGGAGAAGAGUGUAUCUUCAUAUGCUCAAGAGCUCCUAUUGGCAAAGGAGAUCUCUUUAGUGCUAAAUGUUAAAAGGCCAGUACUGGAACGAAUAGCUAGGUGCACUGGUGCUUCUGUAACUCCAUCUGUUGAUAACAUAUCCACAACAAGACUGGGCCACUGUGAACUCUUUCGUUUAGAAAAAGUGGCUGAGGAGCAUGAGCCCACCAACAAGAAGCCAUCCAAAACACUGAUGUUUUUUGAUGGCUGUCCCAGGCGCUUAGGUUGCACGGUCCUGUUGAAGGGAUUGCCUAUUGAGGUCCUAAAGAAAGUGAAAAGGGUUGUUCAGUAUGCUGUAUUUGCGGCAUAUCAUUUAUCCCUUGAAACAUCUUUUCUUGCUGAUGAGGGUGCUACUCUACCUAAAAUGACAGUAGCACGCUCCAUUUCUAUACCAGAGAGGAAGCCUGUCAAUAAUGCUAUUGCAAUGAACCCCUCUUCUAUUGCUCCUACAAGUUAUUUGAAAGGAACCAAUUGUGGAUCUCCCAACAUUAAUAUGGAGAAUGGAGUGCUUGAGUCAUUAUCUCAGCAUCAAAUUGGCGAGUAUUUAUCAUCUCCUGUAGAAGUACAUGGAUCACUGGAAACUGAUUGUAAUGAGGGUGGUGAACCUGGGGAACCUUCUGAACUCUCAACAGUUGAAAGAUUUAAUAUUGAAGGCUCUGAUGAAUACAAUUCAGCUGCUGACAUACACCAGAGCAUAUUAGUAUCCUUUUCGAGCCGGUGUGUGCUAAAUGAUACUGUAUGUGAACGCUCUCGGCUCCUUCGCUUCAAGUUUUAUAGCCCUUUUGAUAAACCUCUUGGGAAGUAUCUUCAGGAUGAUGUUCUGAGUGAGACAUCUACUUGUCAAUCAUGCAAGGAGCCAGCUGAGGCCCAUGUCAUUUGCUAUACUCAUCAACAUGGGAACCUCACAAUAAAUGUCAGGCGGAUUCCCUCAGUGAAGCUUCCAGGAGAAAGGGAUAGAAAGAUAUGGAUGUGGCACCGUUGUCUCGAAUGUGCACAAGUAGAUGGAGUACCCCCAGCGACUCGUCGGGUACUCUUGUCUGAUGCUGCUUGGGGCUUAUCUUUUGGGAAAUUUUUGGAACUUAGUUUUUCUGACCAUAAAACUGCAAACCGUAUUGCAACUUGUGGUCAUUCUUUGCAAAGGGACUGCCUCCGAUAUUAUGGGUGCGGAAGUAUGAUCGCAUGCUUCCGCUAUUCCCCUAUUGAUAUUCUCUCAGUACGCCUGCCACCAUCAGUUCUUGAGUUCAAUAGUCAGUCAGAACAGGCUUGGAUUAUGAAAGAAGUGGCUGAGCUUUUGAGGAAAGCCAAGUCCUUGUAUGCUGAGAUAUCUAGUGCUGUUCAGAAGUUUGAGGAGAAAAGUGCCUCUGUUGUAUGUGAUUGGAACAAUAUGUACGGAUUGCAUAACUGCAUUCUGGAGUUAAAAGACAUGCUAAUGAAAGAAAAGAAUUAUUGGAAUGACCUGCAUCAACCUACUCAUGAAGAGACGUCAGAGGAAGGCCAGACAAUAAUUGACGUUCUUGAACUUAAUCGCCUGAGACAUUCCCUCUUAACUGAUUUGCAUGUCUGGGAUCACCGUCUUUAUUAUAUGGAAUCCCUUUUCAAUAACUUUUUUAGUUCACAGCAUCCUGAGAUUGCAGUGUCUUGUAUUAACCCUGGAGAGUGGGGAGGUGAAACAAUAUUUAAGGAUGGCAGUCUUGAACAUGCUUAUGAAGAGAAUGUGCAUGAAUUUUCAAACUCAGAGGAAUGCCCAGGGAAAGCUUUGCAUUCUGAGCACGAUGAGCCUCCUGUACCACAAGAUGCUCUUAGCUAUCAGCAAGGUUCCUUAUUGACCUCAUUUAAUGGUGACAAGACUCUUGAAACACAACUUGGGUUGGAUAAUGCAGUCAACAAGUCAUCCUUGGAGCGGGCCCCUUCGGCUGGUUCUAUUCUUUCUGAUAAAAUAGAUUGUGCUUGGACUGGUAUAGAUCCAUCUUCCCAAGACAUGCAGGUUCAUGCUUCGUUGCAAGAAGGUGAACGCCGAGUUGCUUCUUUCAGGCAACUAAGUCAUAUUGACAGUCCUACUUGUAAAAGGUUAAGAUCACCGGCAAGAGUUUAUUCCUUUGACUCUGCUCUGAGAGUUGAAGAAAGAAUUAGUAAAAGAAUGCCACCAUCCCCAUCAUAUUUAUCAACACUAAAAUCUUUUCAUGCCUAUGGAGACUACAGGAAUAUGAUCAGAGACCCUGUUUCCAACAUUCAGAUUUGUUCUCAGGCUCUACCCAGGGAGGCUCAGAAGUUAAAUCUUUUACCGAGUUCAUCCACCACUUUCACCUCUCAUGCAUCUAUUCUGCCAGAAGGAGCAAGAUUAAUGGUUCCAGAGAAUGGCCAAAAGGAUGUUGUAAUUGCUGUAUAUGAUAAUGAGCCUACUAGCAUAAUAUCUUAUGCUCUUAGUUCCAAGGAAUAUAAAGACUGGGUGACUGAUAAGCCAUAUAUGUCUGAAGGUGGGUGGGGCGUGAGUGAUACCAACAAGGAAAGUCCCAUAGCCUCUAAGCUUUCAACAUGGCAACGGUUUGGCUCACUGGACUUAGACUAUAUGCACUUUGGAAGUUAUGGUUCUGAAGAUGCAUCUGGUAGAACUGGUUUCCUGUUUUCAGAUCCGAAACUUUCUCCUCAUCCUAGAAUAUCUUUUGAGGAUGGAUCUUCCAACACUGGGGGUAAGGUGAAAUUUUCUGUCACAUGUUACUUUGCUAAACAGUUUGAUGAUCUUCGGAAGAAAUGUUGUCCUAGUGAACUGGACUUUAUACGCUCUUUAAGCCGUUGUAAGAGAUGGAGUGCUCAAGGAGGAAAGAGUAAUGUUUAUUUUGCCAAGUCACUCGAUGAAAGGUUCAUAAUAAAACAAAUUCAAAAGACUGAGUUAGAUUCUUUCGAAGAGUUUGCUCCCAAGUAUUUCAAAUAUUUGACAGAUUCUCAUAGCUCAAGAAGCCCAACCUGCCUUGCUAAAGUUGUUGGUAUUUAUCAGGUUGCAGUGAAACACUUGAAAGGAGGGAAGGAAACAAAAAUGGAUUUAAUUGUGAUGGAGAACCUUUUCUAUGGACGGAGUAUUUCGAGGGUGUAUGAUCUAAAGGGGUCAGUGCGAUCCCGUUACAACUCAGAUACAAAAGCAAACAAAGUGUUGUUGGAUUUGAACUUUUUAGAGAGUUUGCAGACGAAACCGAUAUUUCUGGGAAGCAAAGCAAAAAGAAGUUUGGAGAGAGCUGUAUGGAACGAUACGUCCUUUUUAGCAGGUGUUUACGUGAUGGACUAUUCUUUGUUGGUGGGGGUGGAUGAGGAGAGGAAAGAGCUGGUGCUGGGUAUCAUCGAUUUCAUGAGGCAGUAUACAUGGGACAAGCACUUGGAGACGUGGGUGAAGGCCUCGGGCAUACUGGGCGGACCCAAGAACGCAUCUCCCACCGUCAUUUCUCCUAUACAGUACAAGAAACGUUUCAGGAAAGCUAUGACCUCCUACUUCCUUACGGUCCCUGAUCAAUGGUCGCCCUGAACUCUCAGAUUAUGUGAACGUGUCCACUUGAAAGCAAAUUAAAGUCCAGUGAUGAUAGACUCGUAGCUGUAUGACAGGCCGGCUGGCAUUCAAAGUAUUACAGACACAUGUCUAGGAAUUAGCUUCUUUUUUGAAGAGGGCAUAUUAGUUAUGAAUUUGUGUAUAUUUUUUACAUCAAAAUUUAUAAAUAAUAAAUUAUUUAAUAUUAAUAUUUUUUUUCAUUUA